GCUCUCAAUCUCAACCUCUCAAAUAUGUCUAUUGUUCUGUCAGAUCGUCAACGAGACGAACUUCAUAAAGCCAUCCUCGAUUAUCUUCAUGCAAAUGGCUAUUCAGAAUCUUUUAAUUCGCUCAAACUGGAAGCACAUCAAGAUGACUUCAAUUCGGACCCCAAACAGAAAUAUUCUGGAUUGCUCGAAAAGAAAUGGACUUCUGUCAUCAGAUUGCAGAAAAAGAUAAUGGAUCUCGAGAAUAAAAUUACACAGAUGCAAGAGGAAUUGUCUACUGCAACACCUAGGAAACCUACUAGCACUGUGGAUUGGGUUCCGCGUGCGCCAGAGAAAUACGCUCUAACCGGUCAUAGGAACCCCGUCACACGUGUUGCCUUUCAUCCUGUAUUUUCUGUGCUGGCAUCGGCAUCUGAAGAUACGACUAUAAAGAUUUGGGAUUAUGAGACUGGCGAAUUCGAGCGGACGCUCAAAGGACAUACGAAAGCAGUCCAAGAUAUCGCUUUUGAUCCCAAGGGCAACUUUUUAGGUACGUCUGCAUAUGAUAAUACUAUCCUGCUCUGCAGAUCUGACGAUAAAGGUUUGGAUCUGCAGAAUGACUACAAAUGCGUGAAAACUUUAUAUGGUCAUGAUCACAGCGUUUCGUCCGUUGCUUUCCUACCAUCUGGAGAUACAAUCGUUUCGGCAUCGCGAGACAAGACAAUUAAACGUUGGGAAUUUGCAUCGGGGUACUGUGUGAAGACUUACUUUGGCCAUCUGGAGUGGGUACGAUCUGUAUCCCCUAGCGAGGACGGAAAGUGGUUGAUCACUAGCUCUAAUGACCAGACUGCACGCCUGUGGGAAACAGCUAGUGCCGAGUGUAAAAUGGAAUUUAGGGGUCACGAUCACGUCGUAGAAU